AUGCAGCCAUCUGUUCAGACGAACCUCGAGACAUCCAAGCAGCCAUCCGUCGAGGCUACCCAGACAUCCGCUAUUAACCCAUCCGCUAUUCACCCAUCUACCAUUCAUCCAAUGCAGCCGAUCCAAACCCCUCAGCCAGCCAUCAGACGAACCUACCCCAGCUGGCUCUUCUUCCAACGCAUCAGCAGAUGGUCCACCGAGCAACUCGACGCUCUCAACAUCAGCCAGCACGACAUGAUCACUCCCAGGGUGCUCAUUGGGGAGGAGUACAUCCCCACCAGAAGAGACAGAGACGCAGUUUACACCAACCUGCUGCGAGCCUUCACCGAGCCCAGCGAGUUCGACAUUGUCGGAUACGACCCCGCGUCGACCAUGAUGAGGAACAACCAACUACGGCACACGUUCCAGCUGUUAGGGAUGAUUUUUGAUAUCAUCUUCAAGAAUGAGCCACUUCCGUGUACGGUCGAUAUGCUCAUAUCGCAGCUGGGGAUGCCGUUCGCAUUGUUUAGGGAUAAUUUCAUCGUCGACCGAGAAGAUAUCCCCUUCCAUCUCCUCAAAUUCAACAUGAGAGGGACCCUCCACUGCAACGGGGGAAUCUAUCACCACACGGACAGAAAGAGAAGGUUUCCCUUGGUUGUAUUUGCCCACACCACAAAAACCCACCACCGCCUCCCCCACCCUACAAACCACGAACUCGCAUCGACCCUCCUCCCCAUGACCACCGAAUACGACCACGGCCUCACCCGGCCCAAAUACACCGGCUUCAGCAUUUCCGCCCACGGCACCGAAUACCGCAUCACGCGCGCCGACGCCUCACACACUUACUUUGAGGAUCUGCGGCAUGGACGGCUCACGAGGGAGAAAUUGAUCGUGCUGCGCACGGUGAAGUAUAAUUUGCUGUGGAGGGAGGAUCGGGAGGAGUUUUUUGAGGCGUUUUAUGCCAUGUGUGGGUUUUUGGGGGGGUAUUGGGGUGGAAAAAAAAGUUUAGUGUGA